GCUAAGUGGACAAAGUUCGCGUCGCGAGAGGGUGCAGGUGCACCAAGACCCAGCGAGUUGCGUAUAUCUGGCAUGCCUCCCAGCUACAUAUUACCUGUACCUAGGUGAGUAUGUACCGCGCCUGAAUGCCGGGCUGGGGCGGCCAAGGGGCCAAACCCCACGGGACAGCCUUGACGGUCUGCCGUUUGACAGAUCCGGCCGUGGGGCUGGCUCGGUCGAAUCUCCCCCGCAUCUCUGUGUGUGUGUCGUGAAGCGAGGCUUCCGGUCGGGUGCAUGAUCCGCAGGCCACGAUCCGAAUGAUCUAGUACUCUGGGGUCUCACAGCAUGAAGAGACAUGAUGGUCUCGUCUUGACUGGCAUUGACAUGUGUCUGUGUGCGCAGGGCGAGGGCAGGGCGAGGACAUGGCGAGGACCGAGGGCAGCCUCUCCCGAGAUGCUGGGCCGAGAUGCUUUUCUCCCACAUCCGCCAAGACACAGCAAAUGGCUCUGCUCUGACUGGACAGGCAGGCCCGAGGACGGCUGCUUUGGGAGUGUGGGGUUCGGCUCAGGGCGCGGAGCGGAGCAUGGAGCAUGGGUGGGGCCCGUGUCAUGGCCUGGCCGGGAGAGGGCAUUGAAAUAAAUACUCGAGUACUUUCAAGAGCCCCCGAGUGGUUCUCCAACAACAACACCAAGGUGGUCCACAGGCAGUCGACAAUGGCCGUAGUCAACCUGUUCGUGUCGCCGUGGGCGCUGCUGGCGGCCCCGGUGCUGCUGGCGGCGUGGUACCUCUUCCCCUACCUCGUCACCUACGCCCACCUUCGACACAUCCCCGCCCCCUUCCCCGCCCAGUUCUCGAACCUGUGGCUGCUCAUGGUCUGCCGCCGCGGCGACCGCUACCUGACCGUCGACGAGGCCCACAAGAGGCUGGGGCCCGUCGUGCGCAUCCAGCCCAACCACGUCAGCGUCGCCGACGACGAGGCCAUCAACGCCAUCUACGGCCACGGCAACGGCUUCCUCAAGAGCGAGUUCUACGACGCCUUCGUGUCCAUCCAGCGCGGCCUCUUCAACACCCGCGACAGGGCAGAGCACUCGCGCAAGCGCAAGAUCGUCAGCCACACCUUCUCGCUCAAGUCCAUCUCCCAGUUCGAGCCCUACAUCCACUCCAACCUCGAGCUGUUUGUCAGGCGCUGGGACGACCUCGUCGCGCGCGGGGCCGACAACACCGCCCACCUCGACUGCCUCAAGUGGUUCAACUACCUCGCCUUCGACGUCAUCGGCGACCUCGCCUUCGGCGCCCCCUUCGGCAUGCUCGAGCGCGGCGAGGACCUGGCCGAGGUGCGCUCCAGCCCCGACUCGGCCCCCAUCUACGCCCCCGCCAUCGAGAUCCUCAACCGCCGCGGCGAGGUCAGCGCCGCCCUCGGCUGCCUGCCCCAGCUCAAGCCCUGGGCCCCCUGGCUGCCCGACCCCUUCUUCAGCCAGGGCGCCGCCGCCGUCCAGGCCCUCGCCGGCAUCGCCAUCGCCCGCGUCAAGGGCCGCCUCGACAGCCCCCCCGCCAUCGACCGCAAGGACCUGCUCGCCCGCCUCAUGGAGGGCCGCGACGACAAGGGCGAGCCCCUCGGCCGCGAGGAGCUCACCGCCGAGGCCCUCACCCAGCUCAUCGCCGGCUCCGACACCACCUCCAACUCCUCCUGCGCCCUGCUCUACCACGUCGCCCGCACCCCGGGCGUCCUGGGCAAGCUGCAGGCCGAGCUCGACCGCGCCCUGCCCGACGCCGACGCCGUCCCCACCUACGACCAGGUCGCCAACCUGCCCUACCUGCAGAACGUCAUCAACGAGGCCCUGCGCCACCACUCCACCAGCGGCAUCGGCCUGCCCCGCCUCAUCCCCGCCGACGCCCCCCGCGGCGUCACCAUCCGCGGCCACUACUUCCCCCCCGGCACCGUGCUGUCCGUCCCCUCCUACACCAUGCACCACUCCACCGAGAUCUGGGGGCCCGACGCCGACGAGUUCCGCCCCGAGAGGUGGGACGCCGUCACCCCCCGCCAGAAGAACGCCUUCAUCCCCUUCAGCUAUGGGCCCCGCGCCUGCGUCGGCCGCAACGUCGCCGAGAUGGAGAUGAAGCUGAUCGUCGCCACGUGGGCGAGGAGGUAUGAUGUCUUCCUGCGCCAGGAGGUGAUGGAGACGCGCGAGGGCUUCCUGAGGAAGCCGCUGGGGCUCGAGAUCGGGGUCAGGCGGAGGUCCUAGGCUGGGAGGCGGAUGGGCAUGGUCAUGGUCAUGGUCGUGGUCGGGCGUGUUUGGGGGAUGGGUUGGGGUUUCUGGGUCUAUAUCCAAUUUGUACGCUGCAUUUCGGCGCUGCUUCCUCGUAUCUCUUGUCUUAUUUUGCCGGGCGCAUAUCGGAUCAUUUCAAUAAGAUCUACUCAUCCCGCCACCUUCCUGCGAGCAGACCUCCACUUAGACUGUAGUUCGGAAUUCUCUAUUUGACUCAGCGUUCGGUUCGGAGGUACAUGUUGAUUGAAAAUUCUCUGCUUUGUGCCGGCGUUGUAGUCCGGUAUUCGUUGAUGUGUGUCAGGUAUUAGACUACAG